AUGAGCCAACUACUGGGUGCUCAGGGCAAACACACCCUAAGCAGGGGGAUAUUGUCAGGCCUGGCUGAUGAUAUAGUACUGUUCCAGCUAGGGCUCACCAUUAGAGAACACAACCCUUAUGCCAAUAACAAUCCACCCAGUCACACCUCAUGGAACAUCAUGGAACCUCAUGGAACCUCAUGGAAUCCCAUGGAACAUCAUGGAACCUCAUGGAACAUCAUGGAACCUCAUGGAACAUCAUGGAACCUCAUGGAACCUCAUGGAAUCCCAUGGAACAUCAUGGAACCUCAUGGAACAUCAUGGAACCUCAUGGAAUCCCAUGGAACCUCAUGGAACCCCAUGGAAUCCCAUGGAACAUCAUGGAACCUCAUGGAACAUCAUGGAACCUCAUGGAACCUCAUGGAACAUCAUGGAAUCCCAUGGAACAACACAGAAUCUUCCAGUUGCUGACAAAUGCUGACAAAUGAUUACAAAUGAUUACAAAUGCCAAUGUAUCUAGAACAUUCCAGGAGCCAGCAGUCUGUCUAUAAAGGCAGCCUGCCCUCCUGCUCAGAUAACUC